AUGCCUUGGAAGAGCGCGUCCGGAGCCUCCAGCAAGAUGUCCAGCUCAAGCAGCAGAUGCGACACAGCAUUGCGCUCGCCAAGCGUGGGCCCGAGCGCAAUCUUCCGCAGCUCGACACGGGUCGAAACGAAGCCAUCUCAAUUCCUCGCUCGCCAGCACGACCCCAUUCAACAUCCGCGUCCAGUCCACGAGGCGCUUCCCCACGUGCCGCCAUGUCACCGGAUCGCAGCGCGGCCAUGA